GAUUCGUUGUCAUUUUUUUGACAGGCCGGUGGUAACUGGCUCGACGUAAUUUCGAUUAAUUUCGAAAAAUUUUCCUACAAAGUGUUCGAAAAAUUAAAUGAAUGCGUAGCGCAACGUAUAAUAUGGCUAGGUAUGGCCAGAGACCGGAGAAUGCCCUUAAGCGGGCGAAUGAGUUCAUGGACUUGGACAAACCUGCAAGGGCCCUGGAUACCUUGCAGGAAGUGUUCCGGAACAAAAAAUGGGCCUACAACUGGUCUGAGUCAGUUUUGGAACCCAUAAUGUUCAAAUACUUGGAACUAUGUGUAGACUUACGCAAGUCUCAUAUUGCAAAGGAAGGCCUCUUUCAGUACAGAAAUAUGUUUCAAUCUGUAAAUGUUGGAUCUUUGGAACAAGUAAUAAGAGGGUACCUGCGCAUGGCAGAGGAGCGCACAGAGGCUGCAAGACAGCAGUCCACGCAGGCAGUCAUCGACACUGAUGAUCUGGAUAACCUCGCCACACCUGAGAGCAUCCUGCUGAGUGCUGUGUCAGGGGAGGAUGCACAGGACCGAUCUGACAGGACUAUAUUGACACCAUGGGUAAAAUUCCUGUGGGAGUCAUAUUGCCAGUGUCUUGAGUUGCUCCGUACUAACGCCCACGUGGAAACCCUGUACCAUGACAUUGCACGGAUGGCUUUUCAGUUCUGCCUCAAAUACUCCAGGAAGACUGAGUUUAGGAAACUAUGCGACAAGCUCAGGAAGCAUCUUGAAGACAUUUGCAAAUCCAAUGUGCAAACUGGAAAUGUUAGCAUUACCAAGCCAGAAACACAGCAGCUCAACUUGGAAACCAGAUUGUUCCAACUGGAUAGUGCUAUACAGAUGGAGCUCUGGCAGGAAGCCUACAAAGCCAUAGAAGACAUCCACAAUCUAAUGAACAUGUCCAAGAAGACCCCAGUGGCCAAGACCAUGGCGAACUACUAUGGCAAGCUGGCGCUGGUGUUCUGGAAGGCUGGUCACUGCCUGUUCCACGCGGCCGCGCUGCUCAAGCUGUUCCAGCUGUCGCGGGAGAUGAAAAAGAAUAUCACGCAGGAGGAGUUGCAGAAAAUGGCAUGUCGGGUGCUGGUCGCUGUAUUGUCGGUGCCGCUGCCGUCCCUCCACCCUGAGUUUGAUCGCUUCGUGGAAACAGACAAGAGCCCAGUGGAGAAGGCUCAAAGACUGGCUGUGUUACUCGGCCUGGCUCAACCGCCCACACGCGCAAACUUGCUUAAAGAUGUUGUCCGCUUGAACGUGGUGGCGCUGGCGUCUCCUCAGCUCCAACAACUGUACUCCUGGCUUGAAGUGGAGUUCGAUCCGCUCACCAUUUGCCAGAAUGUGCAAAGUGUUAUCAAGAGUCUACAGGAUGAUACCAACUCCCAACUAGCGCAGUACACCACAGCGCUAACCGACGUAGCCCUAGUCCGUCUGAUCCGCCAAGUGGCCCAGUGCUACGCCUGCAUCCAGUUCUCGCGGCUUCUGGAGCUCGCGUCCACCGAGGACCUGUUCCACAUUGAGCGCCUGCUGGUCGACUGCGUGCGCCACAACGACAUGCAGAUACGCGUCGACCACGCCAACAAAUGCGUACACUUUGGGGUGGAGGCGGGCGGCGGCGAGUGGUGCUCGGCCGCGGACGAAGCGUGCGGCGGAGCCAUUCUACAGGCCACUCCCGCUGAACAGGUUCGCGAGCAACUAGUUCGCGCGGCUGAAGUACUAUCUCGAGCGGCUCAGGCUCUCAACCCCGCGCGUCGGCGAGCCGAACGCGAACGAGCACGUUUGAGCAUGGUGCAACACUACCAUGAGAAUAAGCACACCGAACACCACCGAGUGUUACAACGCCACAAGAUCAUUGAGGAGCGCAAGGAGUACAUCGAGCGGCUCAACACCGUGCGCGAAGAGGAGGAGCUACGACGUCAAGAAGAGCAACUCCGAGCGGCUGCAGCCGCCGAAGCGCGUCGCCAGGAGUUAGAGCGGGAGGAGAGAGAGAAAAAGCGGCACGCGUCGGAGCUGGCGGCCAUGCGCGAGAGACACCUGCGCGAGCGCAUCGCGCACAUCUCUCAGACCAUGCACGGCAAGAAAGUGCUGCAGAAGCUGGAUGAGGAGGAUUUGAAGAAGAUGGACGCUGAAGCAAUCGCUCAGCGCGAGGCCGAGGAGUUGAUGAAAGAGCGUCGCGAGUUGCAGGCCCGGCUCAAGUCUCAGGAGAAAAAGGUGGACUAUUUCGAGCGCGCCAAACGGCUGGAGGAAAUCCCCCUGCUGCAGAAGAGCUUAGAAGAGAAGCAAGUACAGGACAAGGCGUUCUGGGAGCAACAGGAGAAGGAACGCAUCCAACAACUUAUCGAGGCACGGACCCGUGAUGUGGCAACGGCCAGCCGCUUGGCACGUAUGGCGUCUCACCGCGAUCAGUUCAUGAACCGACUCCGCUCUGAGCGAGGCGCGGCGUACCACCAACGCUUGGCCGCUUUCCAGGCCAAACUGACUUCCGAACGCGAGGCCAGGCUGGCCCAGCGUCGCCAACAACGCAUCGAGAAGCGCAGACAAGAGUGGCUAGCAGAAAAACGCCGCGUAGAAGAGCAAGCGGCGGAAGAGGCGAGGAAGGCCGCAGAGGAACACGAAAAGGCAGAGAAAGAGAGAAAGCGCCAGGAAGAGCUCGCUGCGCUUAAGGAGCGAAAGGAGAGGGAGAAGAAGGAACACGAAGAAAUGCUCGCUCGCGCUGAGGCUAAGGCUCGUGCUUUGGAGGUAUCACGUAAGCUGGAGGAACAGAAGGCCUCCACGCUCAGCAGCUGGCGGCGCGGCAAAGAGGACAAGCCGCCGGCCGCCGCCAAGGAGCCCGAGAAGAAGGAGCCCUGGCGCCCCACUCGUGCCCGCGAGGAACGUCCGCGCUCGCCGCCGCGCGCCCGCGACGAGCGUCCGCCGCCCAGGGAUGACAGGCUUCCUGAACAAGAAGCCGGGGAAACAUCGGCGCCGGACCCCGAACGCGACGAUAAACCACGUGAAGAAAGGAGCAUCAGAGAUGAGCGUCCUCCAAUCAGAGACGACCGUCCUCCGAGAGAUGAUCGUCCUCCAAUCAGAGAGGACCGUCCUCCAAUUAGAGAGGAUCGUCCUCCAAUCAGAGACGACCGUCCUCCCAGAGAUGACCGCCCUCCUAGAGAUGAUCGCGGCCCGAGAGACGAUCGCAGUUUAAGAGAUGAUCGUGGUCCAAGAGAGGAUCGCGGCUUUAGAGAUGAUCGUGGCCCAAGAGAUGAUCGUGGCUUCAGGGAUGACCGGCCAAGAGAUGACAGGCCGCGCGACGAAGGUGCCUGGCGAUCGGUCAACCGGGAUGUUGACAGGGACAGGGAGAGAGAUAGACCGCGCUAUGUCGGCCGUUCCAGCGGCCCCGAGACUGGCAGCUGGAGGCGCGGCCCCGCGGAGCCGCCGCCGGCGCCCACUGAACGUUCGUCCGCUUGGCGGUCCAAGGACGCGCCGCGCGACGACCGCAGGGACGAUCGGCGCGAUGAUCGCGAUCGCUACCCGCCGAGAAGGGAUGAUCGCGGCGAACGCGACGGCUUCAGGGACCGUGAUCGUGAUCGCUUCCCGCCGCGACGCGAUGAUGCCCCGCCGAGGAGAGAUGAUCGGGACGGCCCACGACGCGACGAUCGUGAGGGCCCGCGACGCGACGACCGCGACGGCCCGCGACGCGACGAUCGCGACGGGCCGAGACGCGACGACCGCGAGCGCCGGCCUCCACCACCGCGUCGCGAGGAAAAACCUCGCGACCCCGAUGACGACUGGCAGCAAGUCACCAAACGCUAAGCAAAUAAGCAAUAUAUUAUUUGUAAAGGGUUCAGCAGUUUUCACUUGUGACGUAAUCAUGAAGCACUGCCAAUUCUUACUUGAAGCAAAUAUCUACUUAUCACUAUCCCACUUCGACUAACCAAUUUGAGCGAGAGAUCGGAUCCUAGUAGGGAUCUGAUCUCUCGCUCUCGCUCGGCCGUCGAAAAGGGAUAACGAUAAUGUGGCUGCGCAUGCGAAAUCCGCUAUGUAUUUUUUUUUUUGGAUUUUCGUAUUUUGUAUGGUUUAAAAGGCCGUGUGUACAUGUGGAAACCCGUUCUUUAGCUUGUGUGCUAAUUCAAGAGAUAAUCUUUUUAGUUAUGUGAUUAUGAUCUAAAAUUAAAGCAUAUUUUUUUAAAAAAAAUAAGUUUCAAAGAGUCUUUUUAAAACUUGUGAUUUUCCACAUACCGGAUUUUUCAUCUGUAGCGGCGAUAAGUAGGUUUUGCUUCAAGUAGGUAUUUCGUGUAAGGAAUCCAUAUUAUAGAUUCGAGGAUGUAAUAAAAUUAUUCAAAUAAUUUUCGUAUUUUUUUCAAAAUUUGUUCGUACUUUUUUCUAUUAGCUAAAUUAUUUCAAAAUGUGCAAAUGCAAAUCGGACUCGCACACGAAGAGUUCCGUACCAUCGUACAAGAUAUAUAAAACUGAGCACAUUUUUAUUUGCAUGGCGGCCAUUUUGAAUUUCGCCAUCUUGGUUUUUUUUAUUAUUCUUAUAGCGGUAAUAGAAAUACACACUGAAAAUUUCAAGUCAUAACUAUUACGGUUCAUGAGAUACGGCCCGCUGGCAGACAGAUGAACAGCAGAGGCUUAGAAAAAGGGUUCCGUUAGCACCAUUCCAGUAUGGAACCCUAAUAUACUUAAUAUGUUCUUUUUGUGUGUAAUUAACAUUUUGCUGUAAACUGCUGGACCCCAAAUGAUACAACUUUUGCAAUUUUAUAUGCCAUUAUUCUUUAGUUUUACGUUCUAAAUAUGUAUUCUGUAACGUUACAAACUAACCACUAUCCGUGUAUUAUUCAUACGAUUGCAACGUAUUUCAUUAUAAUAUAAAUGAAUCAUUUAUUA